UCCGGCCUGAUUGUCACGGCGCGGUUGCUUUGAGGGCGCAGCAGCCCUACCGAGUGAGGCCGGCGUGAGGCCAGAGGGUGGGAAAGCGGCCGGCGGCGGAGGGCGGCGCCGGAGGAGGGCGGCGCGCGGUGACUCAUCCCUCUGGAAGAUCAGACACGCUCGCCGAGCUCGCCCGCGCCGCCGCUCCUCAACCGGGAGGCGUCUGCCCGCCCGCACCGCCCGCCCGCUCCGAGCUCCCGGCCCGGCCGCGGCGCAGAAAGUUUUCCCGGGCUCACGGCCUGCGGGAAGCGGAGCGGGCACGGCUGGGAGGCGGUCGCCGCGCGGGCCCGCCGAGUGCAUGGUGUCGGGCGCCCGGGCCGCGCGUCAGGAGGACCCGGGGCGGGGCCGGGCUGAGCCCAGCUCCUGAGCCUCUGUCCAGCUGCGCCCCGAAGCCGUCUUCCCUUGGGACCGCUGCGGGGGUCGCGCUCCAGCGCCAUGUCCCGGCUGCUGCCGCUGCUGGGGAGCCGGACGGCGCGCAGCCUGAGGCCCGGCCCUGCCGCCGCGCCCCGCCCGCCGUCCUGGUGCUGCUGCGGCCGGGGACUGCUGGCGCUCGGGGUCCCCGGCGGUCCCCGACUUCUGGGCACACACCCCAAGAAGGAGCCCAUGGAGGCGCUGAACACGGCGCAGGGCGCGCGCGACUUCAUCUACAGCCUGCACUCCACGGAGAGGAGCUGCUUGCUCAAAGAGCUGCACCGCUUCGAGUCCAUUGCCAUAGCACAAGAAAAAUUGGAAGCUCUACCACCCACUCCAGGACAGCUGAGAUAUGUAUUCUUCCACAAUGCGAUACCUUUCGUAGGGUUUGGCUUUUUGGAUAACGCAAUUAUGAUUGUUGCAGGAACCCAAAUUGAAUUGUCUAUUGGAAUUAUCUUGGGAAUUUCAACAAUGGCAGCUGCUGCUUUGGGAAAUCUUGUUUCAGAUUUAGCUGGACUGGGCCUUGCAGGUUAUGUUGAGGCCUUGGCGUCCAGGUUAGGCCUCUCGAUUCCUGAUCUUACACCAAAGCAAGUUGACAUGUGGCAAACACGUGUUAGCACACAUUUGGGCAAGGCUGUUGGGGUGACGAUCGGCUGCAUUCUAGGAAUGUUCCCGUUGAUUUUCUUUGGAGGAGGUGAAGAGGAUGAGAAACUGGAAACAACAGACUAACCACCUUAGAACACCUAUAAGCAGAUGUAAACUACUGUACCUCAUCAUUAGCUCUGCUGUCCCACGGUUAGCAGUGAAGACAGUAGCCGUGUCUAGAUAUGGGAUCAAGUAACUCAGCAUGUACUAUGGAAACACUAACUUAUUGUGGCUUGGUCUUCUUAAGACAUCUUUUUAAACUUACUUAGGAUCAUUUUAUGUAAAUUGUUGAGAUGCUUUCCAUCAAUGGCAGUCAACAUGUCAUCUUUCCCUUCUCUAUGUAUCAAGAUAUUAUUUGACUUUCAGUCACUGGUACUGUACUGUACUGUUCUGACUUGGGGUUUGCAUAUUUGUUACAUAACAUGCACGGGAAUACCUAUUUAUGUUUUUAUUUUUUUUUCCUGAUGGUUAUAUCAAUGCUGAGGUUUCUCCAAAUUAUUUAAGAUGUUUAAUAUCAGUUAACAUUUUAACUCCCUGUCCGGUGGUGUUACUUCUGUGUUAAUUCACAGUGAACAUUCACAAUCAUAUAAAUUCAUUCAAUUUUUAACCUUUCACAUCUAUCCAACAUGAAGCAGUGUUUUAAGUAUAGCUGAUUCACUUUAAUUUUGAGCCAUGCUGUCUUAAGAGCCAGAGGUUAAUCAGAUGGAACAAUUCUCUGGCCUCCCUUUUACAUAAACCAUACAUGCUAACAAGUGUACUUAUUUCUGAUUGGCUCUUUACCUUUAAUUUCCCAACUUUGAGCAACCACACAGUGAAUUCUGGUUUGUGAGAGAAAGGCAGUGCUUGGAUAUGUCCUGUCUCUUAAAAUAGGGAUUAAGAGAGUAGGGAAAACUAAGAAAUUUAUAAUGACAUUCGGAAAUUAGGCUAAAAUAAUUUUUUUUAUAGAAAAUGGAAAAUUUCAAGGAGGUUGUAUGGAGUGGAUGGUAAAGUUCCAGUGCUAUUGGGAAGGUUCAGGAAGCAUCAGUUCUAUUGCUUUGGAAAGAGUUUCCCCUGAUGUGUUAUUAUUGUCUCAUGGAAUGGAAGGAGCCAAAAUAUCCCAUGCUCAGAAUCCUAAUCUCAUUAGAUCAUGCUUUGUGACUUUUUUUCUUGAUGAAUAUUUUAGAAGCAACACGUAUUUUCUAUUUUGCUACCUAGUCUGGUCAAAUGUAGCACAAGGAGAAGUCCUUUCUCUCCUUGGUGGCGCGCGCACGGCUGUGUCGUGUGUCUGACCUGAGAAUCCUGAGCUUUAGUUGCUGAACACCCCCCCCCCCUUUUCCCAUUUGCUCUACAUGCUAAAAAGUUACAUGUAGCAGAAUAAUUGAACAUAUGGAAGAGAGAAACUGAAGUUAGAAUUUAA